CAUAGAACUAAUCAGACAAAACGGCAAACUUCACGUCUGAGGCGAGCAGAGACGAGAACCCCCAACACAAAAACAAUAAAAAGGAAAGAUGAGGAAGACGUUCAGCUGUGACGAAUCGAUCAUCAUCACCAUCCCCAUUAGAAGCCUGAAGAAUAUCCGUGAGGGUCAGCUGAUGCCGGAGAACUUCCACUGUGUGUUUCGAGACAACUUCAAGGUGUUUGUGGUCCGAGGAAAGCCCAAACCUCUGGGAGCGGCCCAAGCCAUCGCUGGAGUCUUCCUCCUUGUUCUGGGUCUGGUGUGUGCGAACCCCACCAUCAUCUCCAUCCCCAACGUGGUGUUUGUGAUCUCAGGCAUGCUGUCCUUCACUGCAGGAGGACCUCCCAACAUCCACGUGACGAAGCUGUCGUUCUCUCUCAACAUCAUCUGCUUCUUCUGGUCGCUCGUGGCGUUUUCCAUCUGCGUGACGCACUUGUUUGUUUUUCAGUUCAUGAUUGGAAUCAAAGGACUGAUCCUGAGUCUGGAGGUGGUGGAGAGCGUCCUCGCUCUGUUCCUCAUCUACUGGUCCAGUAAGGCCGUCUGCAGAGACCACUUCAACUCGCUGCCCAUCAUCAUGCUGAAACAGGAAGACUGA